AUGUUGACCACAUCGCCUGUCCUCGCCGGCUCGGCCAACGCGUCGCCUACCGCCUUCCGGCGUGGCCACGCACCGUCUUCGCCCAAGGCCCGUCGAACGUCGCUGGUCGCCGCGUCUUCGUCCAGCGCCCUGACCCGAUCACCGCUGCAUAAUCGCGCGGAUGGCUCAUCUGCCCCUGUCGCAGACGGCACGGCAGGGCCCCAUACCGGCGGCCACCAGCAAGGUGCUACCACGCCGCUUGGCCACCAGAACAAGCCGCCAGCGGCCUCUCGAUCUCAAUUCCUCGAAAAUACCACGUAUCAAGGCCCUUCCUCGGCUCAGGAUGCUACGGCAGGCACCGCCGUCGAUCUGGCGCAACAAGCGUUGUCCCCCAACAAGCGACGGGGCUCUGCCAGCCAUGCAAUGCCCCAGGCUCCCGCAGGACCGUCGACGCUGCCGGCCGGGCAGGAUCUGCAGGCGUCCAACACCUCCAAGCGGCCCCGUACCGACCAACAGCCGCCAAAGAUCUUACCAACACGAUACGAACUGUGCGCAGUGGAGGACAUGGUCGAGCUGAUUGCGCAUAUGCUGGCGGAGCUCAUCGCGACAAAUGACGCUAUUCGCAUCUCCAGCGGCGGCCUGACGCGGUUCCACUCGAGGACUGCCCCGGGCAUUUCGGUCCGCGACUAUCUCCAUCGGCUGGCGAAGCAUGCCACGUUGACGCCGCCGCUGCUGCUCGCCAUGGUCUACUACAUUGACCGCCUGUGCGCCUUAUACCAGGAAUUCACCAUCAACACGUUGACGGUUCACCGUUUCCUCAUUACCGCGGCCACGGUCGCGGCCAAGGGUCUGUCAGACUCGUUUUGGAACAACACGACGUACGCCAGGGUGGGCGGCGUGCGUGUCGCCGAGCUCAAGCUGUUGGAGCUCGAGUUUCUCUACCGUGUGGACUGGAAGAUCGUGCCAAACCCCGAGGUUCUCGUUGCGUAUUACCGCGGCCUUGUCGAGCGGACGCCCGGCUACGAGCUGGAGUCGGACGGGUCGUCAGACGAAGACCUGGACGACGACGACGGAGAAGGCGAGUAG